AUGGGCGGACCCUACAACGCGACCUACCCUCUCUACAGUACCCUGAACCCGCUGCAGCAGCUACAUUUCAAUGGCAUGGUCCUCCAAAACACCAUGCUACAGGCGCAGCUGAACCAUCUCUCCUCCGCACCGGCCCAGGCCCAGUCCGGGCGCACCGUGCAAGCCUCAAACACCCUCAAUGUCCAGCACAACCUGGACAACGCGACAAUCUCCCUCCUUGGUGGUAUGUGUGUAUCGCCCCCUCCGGCGACCAGUCGCGUUGUCACGGAGGGCAACGAGGAGGCCUGUACGGGUGAGGCGACGGCCCUCAGCCGCGGAGAAGAUGCGCGGUUCAAAAGUUACGAGAACAUCCGGGCAUCUAUGCUGCGCACCGUUCACCCGGAGAUCCGCUCAGAGAAGUUCAAGGCGGCUUCGGCUGCGGAGCGGAUGCAGCGGAGGGUGCGGUUCGAGAGGAGUAGUUCGCGGCAGCAGGUGAUGCGGUUGAAGAACGAGCCUCUCUCGUCGGGGUUGAUUUCGUGGCUGGCCGAGCAGCGUAGUGUUGAGGAAGAAAGAGAUGUGGAUGUGGAUGCUGAGGAGUAG